UACAUUUUAAGACCCUUUUGAUUUUGUGAUCUCUAGAACAAAAUUCAAUACACAAAAUAAAAAUUAAAGACAGUUUAUAUUAAAAGUGCAAAAGAAGUAACACUGAAAAACAACAAUGGCUUCACAACAGCAGCAGAGAAGAGAUAACACAACACAAGAGAGAAAGUUACAAGUUGAGCAAAACCUUGUGCCUAAACGAGCUACUCAGUUUGAGGAGCUAGCUCAUAAGGCUACUGACUCCGCAGUCGCGGCAGCUGCGACUGUGGAAGCGGAAAGAAGGAGUGCUGGUAAAGGAGGGAGUACUACGGUUGUCAUUGGUGUUGGCCAUGCCGGUGGCGGAGGAGGAGGUGGAGGUUAUACUCAGCCGCAGCAGCACAUGAGAGAGAGUGGGACUACUCACAUUGGUAUGGGCCAGGCUCAAACCGGAGGCGGUGGAGGUGGGCUGACACAGUCUCGUCAGCAGCAGAUGAGAGACAUUGAGAGUACUGAGUUUGAGUCGCUUACUAAUAGAGUUGGUGGACUAGAGUUUGGAAGUGGUGUUCAGCAGCAGAGAGGAUCAUCUAAUCAGGAGCAGGCUCGCAGGGAUACGAGCCAUGGUGUGUCGAAGCAGGCGGUGGGGAGGGAUACGAGCCACAGUGUGUCGAAGCAGGCGGGAGGAAGGGAUACGAGCCAUGGUGUGGGAUGGCAGGCGGGGGGAAGGGAAACGAGUCAUGGUGUAGCGGCGGGAAGGGAUACGAGCCAUGGAUCGGCGAAAGGGCCGACUUCGGUGGGGAAGUUUGAGAUGAAAGAAGAUAUGGGAAUGGAAAGGGGAAGAGGAGUGCAAGAAAAAGCUGUGACAGGAAGAAAGUAUGAUGAAAAACUGAAGCAAGAGACAGAGUCUUUGGAAGAGAUUUCCAAACAUAGGCAGACUGCUCAACAGAACUCUAUUGAUGCUGUUCAAGCAGCUCAAGAAAGGUAUGGGAAAGCAAAGGAAGAUGCAGCAAAUGCAGCUUGGGAAGCCAAAGAAGCAGCAAAACAUGGAUUAGGGGCAGCUGCGACAAAAACGGCUGAAUUAGGAUCCAAGGCUCAAGAAAAAGCCCGUGCAGGAGUUGGGGUAACAACCCAAUACGUAUCAGAGAGCACUCGUCCAGUGGUUCAGACAGCUGCAGAGAAAGCAAGACAAGCUAAAGAUGCAGCAAUAGCUGCAGGCCAAAAGUCCAUGGAAUACACUGGGGAAAAGGCGGCACAAGCUAAAGAUGCAGCCAUGACUGCUGGCCAAAAGACCAUGGAAUACACUGGAGAAAAGGCGGUACAAGCUAAAGAUGCAGCCAUGACUGCAGGCCAAAAGUCCAUGGAAUACACAGGGGAAAAGGCUGUACAAGCCAAAGAUACCACAGUUGGAACCACGAAAACUGUUGCUGGUUACGUGGGAGAAAAGGCGGUGGCUGCAAAGGAUGUUGCAUUGCAAACUGGUAAAACUGCUGCUGGUUAUGCAGGGAAGGUAGCCGAAGAGGUGAAGGAUCAGGCUGUAGUUGCUGGGUGGGGAGCUGCACAUUACACUACAGAGGCUGCAGUAGAGGCUACGAAGAUGGCAGGCGGGGUGGUUGGGAAAGCGAAGGACGUGGUAGCAAGUGCUGCACAUAAGGCGACUGAAUUGGCUGAGAAGCCAGUAGUUAUGGCAAAAGAUAUGGCUGUGGGCACUGGUGAAAAACUCGCGGACUACACUGCUAGGAAGAAGACUGAGGCCAAAAUAUACAAAGAAGAGAAGCAUAUAUACUUUGAUGCGGGAGAGAAUCAACCUUCGUCUGGUGAAGGAGUAACCGGUAUGAUCCAAAAAGGAACAGAGAAGGUGAAGGACAUGGGAAGAGGAGCGAUGGGAUCUACACCUCGUGGUGGAGGCACCGAAAUGUACCAGGAAACCGAGGGAGUUACCAGAAGUGGAGGAGCUACCGGAGGUGGAGGAGUUACCAGUAUGAUCCAAAAAGGCGCAGAGAAGGUGAAGGGCAUAGGAAGAGGAGUGAUGGGAUCUUCACCUGGUAGCGGAGUCACAGAAAUGUUCUAGGAAGCCAAGGAGACGGUCAAGGACGGAGCAUCUAAAGUGGGAGAAGGAGGCGAGAUAAUUACAGAGAAAGGUGAAGAAGUGCUCGGUGCAAUAGGCGAAACUAUAGUUGAGAUUGCACAGCACACUACCAAUCUUGUUGCCGGAGCCGGGCCAGCAACAGGGCAGCAAACUGAAGUCAAGGAGAAGAAGCUGGAGCAUCAAGAUAGAAAGAAAUACUGAAUAAGUUUGUAGUAAUUUAUAAUGCAAGUCUUUUGUAAGAAGUCUGGUUUUGGGUUUUUUUUUGGGUUAGUUACUUUUGUUAAUCAGGAUAAUGUGUGAAGUUAUAUAGUGUUACCUAGUAGUAUGGUGAAUAAACUAUAUAUUAGAAAAUGGAAUUAUGGAAUACAAGUUUAUCAUGUUAGAUAAAAUAAAAGUCAAUAUUUUUUGUUCAAAAUUAGCAUUGUGAAAAUCCUAUUCUCACAAGGUAUCAAUCCAAACGUUAGCCAAAUCUCGUUCUUCUUCUUGAAUAUAGUCCAAUAACCAAAAGGUUUGUACUUGAUGUUGAAAAGGAAGGCCGUUCAAAAAAAAAGUUAUACUUUAUGCUUACAAAAUUAAAAUAAGCUACGAC